AUGGCCGCAUUGGACACCAUAACACUGCCCGCUCCUCACCAGGAGCUGGUGAAGCACAUUGCCCAGAACCCAGAUGCGUCCAUGGUGGACAUUGUCGCACCCUAUCGCGAAUACGAAGCCUGCCUCAGAGCCAUGUUUGCUCAGGAUCGUAAAAACCCGGUUCUUGAUGACCCCUAUAUCAAUGUUGUCCCCCUCUUCACCGACAACACCAAGGACAUCACAACGCGUGCCAGAGAUUUGUCUCAAGAAUCGGACGAGGAGCAGGCAAGGUAUAUCAUGGCUCUCCCAGACGAUAAACGUCGGCUCCACGGUUCACCAGCCACGGUCGCCGACAUCUCCGCCUUUCAGCACAACUUCAACGUCUUUUCUGAAUCGUCUCUCGUCGAGAUGGACUGGAGCAAUGUUGUCGCUGCCGGCUCCUCCGUCGUCAAUUGUCUCCUGCCUGUGCCCGACGAGUUCACCGGGUCCAAGCGAAAGCUUCGAGAGUACUACCAUGAAAAGUUCUGUCCAGCAUCCGAUGUUGACCUCUUCUUGUACGGCCUCACGCAUGACGAGGCCAUCGAAAAGAUGAAGCAUAUUGAGAGGGCCAUUCGUGAUGCCCUUCUAAACGAAGUUACCGUCGUCCGUACCAAGUACGCCGUCACCAUCGCCAGCCAGUACCCUGUGCGGCAUGUCCAGGUGGGUGCUGCCGUUCCUUCGCUGCAGAUAAUUUCCCCUCCUAAUUCCGUCCAGAUCGUCCUACGAGUCUACAAAUCCGUCAGCGAAAUUCUAACAGGUUUCGACAUUGACGCUGCCGGAGGUGCCUUUGACGGGAAGCAAGUCUACGUCACCCCGAGGGCCCUAGGCAGCUUCAUCACCCAGAUCAACCACAUCGAUCUCACCCGACGCAGCCCGUCGUAUGAGAAUCGUCUCUCCAAGUAUUCCCAUCGCAACUUUGAGGUGUACUGGGCCGACCUAGAUCGGAGUCGAAUUGAUCCGACCAUCUUCGAAAGGAGCUUCGGCCGAACCCUCGGGCUCGCGAGGCUCCUGGUUCUCGAGCAGUUGCCGACAACCUCCGCACGAGAGGACUAUCUGAACAGGCGACGAAUGGAGCGUGGAAGACCGAAAAAGCACAACAACUACAGGUUCGCCAUCAGAAGCAACAUCAAGGACUCCCAUGAAGAUGAGGUUGCCGACUGGCUAUCGGAGGAGGACGUUAGCAAUUACCAUACCUUCACCGUGCCCUACGGAGAAAAGUUCAACGCCAAGCACAUCGAAAAGCUUUGCUACACGCGAGACUUGCUGCUCAAUGCCGAAUGGAACCAACCCAAGGAACGCAAGGUGUACCUUCAUCGCCAUCCCGCCUUUUUUGGCCGUGUCGACGACAUCGUCGAGGAUUGCUGCGGAUCCUGCCCCACGCCUGCUUCGCCAGAGGAGAUCGAGACUGCGGAUAAGGAGGCCGAGAUCUACAUCUCUGGGAAGCUCUCGUUCCUCAUCGACAACCCCGGACGGCAGCAAAUCGGUUCAUUCAAUCCCCUGACCGAGGAAGACUGGACUGACAUGGCCUAUGUCGGAAACACGGCAAGCCUAUGCCAGUCUAUUGUCGAUCAAGACGUGGAUGCCGUUCGCAACUGGCUGAUGCAAGAAGAUGCUAAUCCGAAUAAGCGGGACUACACAGGAAGGUCCCCUCUUCAUCUUGCCGUCAUGACUUCGUCGCCCGAGAUUAUGAAAUGUCUCGUUGACCACGGCUGUCGACUGACGGCGAGGCUGGCGGAUGGAAAGACUGCCCUUCACCUCGCAUCUGCAAGGGGAAAUACGGAGAUGAUCCGAAUAUUGAUGGAAAGGAGCAUCGAGAACGAAACAGCGGAAGAGGAGAGGCUCUCAAAAAGACACGAUACCCUUCGUCGAGGAAAAUUGAACAUCCGGGACGAGGCUGCUGAACCUCUCAGCGACAAAUCCGAGGAAGCCGAGGAAUCCGAUGGCGAAUCCGACGGUGAACUUGUUGACGAUGCUGGAAGUGAAACAGAAGUUCAUUCAGUAGCCACCGGCGGUUUCGUCAAGGUAAAGAAUAAUGACCAGAAUGAUGGUGGCGUCAUCGCCGACGAGUCGGACGAUGAACCCGAUUACUACCAGGUUGAUGUUCUCAGCUGGGAUAUUCCAUGCUCACCCCUCCAUCUGGCCAUCGCCGAGGGCCAUGAAGAGGCUGUUAAGCUUCUAUGCGAUUACGGAGCGGACUCGAUUCUCCCCGUCAAGUUCCUCGAAUCAGACUCCGACAGAACCGCGGCCAUCUUGACGCUGACGCUCGCCUUGUCUCUCCCACCAGAAAAGGCCAAAUCCAUGGCUAGGCUGCUCCUUAAGCUUGGUGCCACCUCGUCUCAAGCCGACUCGCAAGGUUACACUGCUUUCCAGAAGUUUGUCGAUAGCGGAAAACAUGACAUGAUUGACGUGUUGCUUAGUGAGGACAAGGCUGGCAUCAAAGUGGCCAUCAACCAUCUCGUCUUCACCGGGUACGGCUGGAACCCUCAGCCAUACUCUCCGAUUCAUAGCGCUGUGGAGAAGGAAGACUCAGUCCUGACACUCAUGCUUCUGAAUGCUGGUGCCAAUGCUCAAGUCGACUUUGACGCUUGGCAAAAUUCAGCCAAGGUUUCGCCGAUUCAUUUGAGCAUGGCGAACCUGGAGCAGUCUCGCAGGAUGUACCACGGGCACACCGAACAGCCGCUCAUAUUUGCCAUUCGCACGGGCAAUUUUGAUGCGGCUGUGGCACUCCUGAGAAAUGGUGCGGAUCCAAACACCUUGACGGCAGAAACCCAGGGGCGGCUUGCCGAUCAGCACACACACGCGUAUCCUUGGGGGGAAUCCGUAUUGGACCUGGUGCGAGAUCAUGUUCAGAAACUGAAGGAAUAUACUGGAGAAACGCCGAACCGCAACAAACCUUUUCUGAAACCAGGGAUGGAUGAAUGGAUGCUUAAAUAUGAGCCCGGGUCAUACCAACACUGGACGGUUUCGAACGAUGUGGAGCGCAUCAAGAAAGAUUUCGAACGAGACGACAUCCAAUACGAAAUGGAACGAAAGCGUCUUGAGAGUUCCGCGGGAGCAGCUCAGAAGAAGGAGGCCAUAGAAGACGCCCUGGCUGGUUUAUUGAAGCUGGAGACAGUUUUGAAGGACAAUGGUGCCAAGCCAUUUGCCGAAUUGCAUCCUGAUGUUACGCAACAGGACCAGGCAAGCAGGCCAGCUUUCAGGCAUCUGGAACGGCAGAAUUAUGAAUUUACCUUCAGGUUCACUCUAGAUAGUAGCAUAAAUGAUGCCAGGCGAGACGGAUACAUUCAGCUCAUGGAGGCUGCAUGGGUAGGAAACUUGGAAAAUAUCAAGUCGAUGACUCUCGAAGCGUGGGGUACCGGGAAAGACCAGGCGCCUCUCAAGGUUUCCAUUGCAGACCAAUCGGGAAAUUCUCCCUUUUCUCUGGCCUUCCUCCGAGGGCACCACGAUGUCGCUUGGGGGAUUCUUGAAAUUUUGAAGGCUCAAUGGUCACCCCCCGAAAAGGACAAGCUGCGAUAUAAGAUGAAAACCGAGCGUGACGACGACGACGAAGAAUAUCAUAGCGAGGACGACGAGAGCCAAGGGUCGGUCGACGAACCUCAAAUUGUUUCCGAAAAGGUGGACAAAACCUUUACCAUUAACGACAUCGGCAAGGUUUCCAUGCAGGUGGAGUCUCACACAAAGCCCCUGAAUGAGAUCUGCAAAACCGUCCAAUGUUUCGUCGUCGGGAAUGCGGAGGUAGCCAAAGAGCACGAAAAAAGAAGCCUCUUUGGGCACGUUCUAGCCGUGGAUGAUGCGUAUGGCCUCAAGAUCCUGUUGGAUAUGGUCCAGCGCUAUUCUAGUGAUGGGUUUUCCGAUGAUGAUGGCGAGGAUUCAGGAGAAAGAUUCACCUUCCCCGAGUCUGACUUUCGAUGGGCUGUGGAGCAUGGCAAGACCAUGCUGCUCGGCCAGAUUAUCAAGCGAACUGGUGCAGGCAUCCCGCUUGAUCACCUCGUCAAGAAGAGCGGUGUUGAGGUCGACAAGGGGAAACCACGGUACUACGAAGGUCUGACCGUGUAUGGAAAGAAGAGACAGGACUGGGCUACAGCCGGACGCGGCAUGGUGACGAGGACCAGUGGAUUGAGAACACCACCACUUCUUCACGCCGCCUUGGGUGGAUCCCUGGAAGGAGUCCUUUUUUUCUUGAGCGAUACACCUCAUCGGCUGUAUCGCGAGUUUGGCAUGUCCAAAGCGGCUCGGGAUGACGCGCGGCUCCAGAAUCUGAGGGAAAGCCCGAAGGGCUUCGACCGGGCCAUCUCAAAAUGGCUGGAUGCAGACAACGAUUUAGUGCUGCACUGUGCCGUACUCAGCGACGUCGACGAGGAAUCGGUGGAGCUCCUCGGAUACCUCGUCAAGGAGUUUCCGGAGUUUCUCGAGAAGAAGACGAGCGAGGGCGAUACCCCAUUGAUGCUUGCCUGCAGGCUAGGUCGUGUCGAGUACGCCAAGCUCCUGGUUUCCGCCGGUGCGAACCAGUCAGUCAAGAAUGCCGCGGGCGAGAACAUUCUCCAUGCCGCUCUCGUCGGCAACCCCACGGCCGACCAGGUCAAGCUUCUGUUCGAUAUUUUCGACUCCGACUUACGAAGUCACCUGUUCUUGCAGCGACAGAGCCUGGACGAGGAUGGAAUGACACCUCUGCAUGCCUGGAUCUCGUCCAUUUGCGGCGUAUCUGACGCGAGCGACGAUUCAUAUUAUCGUUAUCAUCGCCACCGCAACAACCGGUUGCCCAAAGGGUAUGGCGACCAGAAGGCUGUUGUGGCCAUGACGAAACUACUUUUGGGCUACUCUGGAGGCAAGGAGCUGGACAUGCUCAACGGCGCGGGCGAGACUUGCUUGCACACUGCUGUCAAGUGCGACAUGCUUUCUCUCGUCAAGCUGCUUGUCGAAUUCAAGCCCCAACUUUUGCUCCGCGAGAACGCCGUUGGUCGUACGCCAGUCGAGAUUUCUCAUGACCGGCUGCAGAGUCAGAUUUUCAAGAAGCCUGACAUGAUUAUCUUCAGACACCACAGGAGAGCUGGCGUCAACGGGCUCAUUGAGAAGUGCGCGGACGAUUUUGACACGAACACUGCGGUCAAAAUCGACAGCCCUGAGGUCUUCAAGGCCAAGAUUGGCGGUCUCGGUCUCAGCGGCGACUACGAUGCCAACAUCCUGGGACUUGUUGCGGCGGCGAUGGGUAUCGGAGAGGGGGAAACGGAAUCGUAUCCACCAGCCGACAUGUUGAAGAAGCUCAUCUGGGACUAUUGCUCCACUGCGCUCGCCAAGCACGCUGGCAGACGACGACUGGUGAGCCUGAACGAGGCUAAUGAUGUGGCCAGGAGACUGGGCGAGAGUUACACGACAUCCCGUUACUUCAGCGUCACCAACCGUACCUACGACGUCGAUGACGACCAGAAGCCCGAGGAUGACCAGACAUCAGAGGAUGGCCAUGAUGAUUUCGUAUCCGACUUUGUGGUCAGCGAGACACGCAUGAGCCACGCUUGGAAGUUUUCUGACUACGAGGCUGAGAAAGCGGGUACAAAGAGUGCUCGAUGA